AUGUCUGCAGCACCAUUGUCAAAGCCUGGGGGUAAAAAAUCUCACGCCUGCGGUCCUUGUAGGAGAUUGAAGAGAAAAUGUGACUUGCAAAUACCUUGUGGUACUUGUAAGUCGGGAAGAAAUACAAAAAUUGACGAAUGUAUGGCUAAUCCAGCCAGACCACUUAACAAUAUUCAAGAGUUGAUUGCACCAAAUUUGAAGUUUGGUAGAGUUCAAAAAAGAUCACCAGAAGGUUUCUCGAAUAAUAAUGGGUCAGCCAUUAAUUCAAGUACCAAUUCACCAAAUGUUAAAAGACAAUCAAAGAGUUCAAUAACAAGUAGUGAUGGUUCAAGUAAUGGCAAUGGAAACACGCCAAAGAGAUUAAAAUCAGUAACUCAUGAAGGUAGCUUCCAAACAAAUUUCAGUCAAUUUGACAUCAAAGCAGAACAAGAGAGCCCUGCUCAUCAUCAAAAUUCCGUGUCAUCAAAUUCCACUGAUUAUCCUCCACAACAUUACCAACAACCUUACCAACAACAGCAGCAUAUUCCUAUACAAAAUCCACUUGUACCUAAUCAUCAACAACAACAGAUGCUCCAAACUCAUUCUCAAAUCCAAUCACCAAGCGCUAGCUAUGAUCAAGCCGCCUCCCAGCAACAACAACAACAAACACAUUCUGCACCUCCGCUACCACAAUAUCAAUACCAUCAGCAAGUGCCAGUACAACCAAAUCCUUAUGCUCCCAUGAAUUACUCUCAACCAAGCCCGGCACCUCAACAGCAUCAACAAAUGAUCCCCCAAGUUGCUCAAGCGCAAAUUCCCUCAACAAAAAAUGAUUACAAGACAAAAUACUUGAAUUUAUUGCCAUCUCAAAUCCAAACUACAGUUCUGGUCAAUUUUUAUCUUCAAAAUAUUGAUUAUAUUUACCAUCCUUUACAUCAUCCUUCAUUCCGUGCAGAACUUGAGAAUUUUUGGCUUGAUCAAGAAAAGGUUGAUGUUGGAUGGCUUGCUGUUUUAUUCAUGGUGUUGGCACUUGCUGCAAUUCAUUUACCAAAAGGUUUAAUCAAUAUAACUUCUCAAGAGAUUGAAAAAUCCCACAAGAUUUGGUUUGAAGCAAGUAGAGAAUGUAUAAAUAUUUGGGACUCUAUGCAAACCGAUCCUACAAAGUUCAAUAUCUAUACUUUACAAUGUUUUUCAUUAUGUCAAUUAUAUUUUUAUGCAACUAAAAGAGCCGAAGCACUGAUUGAAAUAUUGGAGAAAGCUAUAAAAGAUUGUUUGAAAAUGGGAUUGGAUAAGGAUGAUUCUGAAAAUCCAAAUUUGUUAGAGGUGCAGAUGAAAAGAAGGUUAUGGUGGGAUGUUUGUGGUUGUGAUUCUUUUAGAUCAUUAUCUUUGGGUGUUAAACCUUUAAUUAGGUCCUAUAGCAAUACUGUUCCAUUACCUGCUAAUGCAAAUGAUACUGAUAUAACCAAGGAGAGUAUCAAGAUAAGAUCAAGUUCAAUUGCCACUGAUAAUUCUUUUAAUAUCUAUCGUGCUCAAAUGAUGAAGAUUUUGAAUGGGAUUUAUGAAAAGGAACAUGAAAUUCAUGAACAAAUUAGUUCAACAGAUUUGAAAAAUAAUUUGGAAAAAGUUGAAGAUCAGUUAUUCAAAGGUCUGAUUGAAAUUGAUAUUGAAUUGUGUGAUAGUUCAAAAGGUUGGUUUUUCCAGAUGGAUAAGUUUGGUAAUCUUCCAAGUAUUAAUGACCCAAAAAUUCAAUUUCAACAUCAUAUGUUACACACUUGUAUUUGUAUCCACAGAUUCAGAAUUUAUCAAAAUUAUUUAUCUGAUGAUAUUCCUAUUGCUUGGGAAGUUGGUGUCACAUCUGCUAGAGCCUUAUUUGAAGUUUAUAAAAGAUUGAGAAAGAUUUAUGAUUUAAAGAAUCCUUUAUUCUUGUCACAAAUUCAUCAAUCUUUCACUGGGUCUAUUAUUCAGUCCAUGCUGUUGUUGUUGAAUCACAAAAUUUCUCUGGAGGAUCAAAAUGCUUUAUAUGGUGAUAUUGAUUGGAUGUUGAAAGAUUUGGAAGUGUUAGGGAGAGAAGUUUUUAUUUUGAAGCCUGAAGUUUUGAAAGAAAGUUUUAAAGUGUUGAAUGCAUUGAAGAAGAGUAUUAAUAAGAAUUUGGUUGAAUUGGAAAAGGAUCAAAAGGAUAUUGUCUCGAAUGUUUUUGGUGGUAAAGAUAUGACUGAAAAUUAUUUGCAAAAAUGCACUGUUUCUUUCAUCAUUGAUAAAGUUGAUAGAAGAGCAAGUAAUGAACCACCAGCUGCUGAGAAAAACGAUUUUGAUUAUGAGAACCAAUUGGGUACGUCAGUCAGCAGUGAUUUAAUUGGUAAAUCAGUUGAAAAAUUCAAUCAAGUUAGAAGCUUGAAAUCUGAAGCAAAUUCAAAAGAAAAUUCAAUGGAGAAACAAUUGAAAUUAUUGAAAGCUCAGGCUAUGAGGUCUCAAGAAUCACCUCAACAAAAUAUCGAUCCAACUCAGCAGGUACAGCCACAACAACCAACCGCACAAAUUCCUCAAUCUGCAAUGACUGUUCAAGAUCCAGGCUUCCCUCUUCAACAACCAAUUCCUCUCACUUCGUCAUCUUCUGAAAUGAAUAAUAAUAAUGGUACUGAUGGGUUUGUGAGACAAGGAACACCAAUUGAAAUUAAUUUGAGUGGUAUUGAUUCAUUCUGGAAUGAUGUUGGACCUCAAGGUAUUGAUGAAUUAAACAACAUGUACUAUUCAGAGUUCUCUGGAUAUAGAAUAGCUUAA